CAGCAUGCCCCGGAUGUUGAUCAGUCGUUGUCACGGAGUAGGAAUCCUCGUGUGCUCCGGGCGGGCUGCUGAUGUUUUAACAUGUUUUUAUCGCUAUGUUUCUAAGUCUACUUUUAGGGGUGGUGCAUUUAAACUGUUUUCAUCUGAUGCAAUUUGGAUUUCAAAGAAAAGAGACUUUUUGAGGCUGGAAUUAUUCCCACAAAGAAGCAGAAGAGCAACAGGAAGAAGAAGCGGUUUUUAAAAAAAAUGAAAUACCUGAAGGGGAAGGAGUGUUUUAAAGAUAACUCUCAUCAAAGGAGAAACCAUGAACACAAUCGAGCUUCAAAACAGAAUGGAUCUUUCACCAGCCCUGCACCAUCUCUCAUGACAACGAAACGCCAAAGUUCACCUCAUUCUAACCCCUCUUCCAGUGCUGUUGACCAUAACUCUGGACCUUCAACCUCCUCUUUUAACCCUCUACCAACUACUUUCACUGUGACAAAUGAAAAUAGCCAUACAAAGCCAAACCAACCAGUCAACACCAAAACAACAGCAACAUUGUCCUGCGCCUCCAAAUCCAGCACUCAUAAGCUCUCUACCCCCGCAGGGAACCCUACAAAGUACCUCGCCAUUGACUGUGAGAUGGUGGGCGCAGGACCCAAAGGCAGCAUCAGUCAGCUGGCUCGCUGUAGCAUCGUCUCAUACGACGGGGAUGUGAUCUACGACAGUUUCAUCAAGCCCUCCAUGUAUAUAACAGACUUCCGCACAAGAUGGAGCGGUAUUCGUCCCAGAGAUCUCUUCAAAGCCACACCAUUUGCACAGGCCAGGAAAGAGAUCCUAAGGCUGCUCAUGGGGAAGAUUGUUAUCGGCCACGCCAUACAUAACGACUUCAAGGCCCUCGGUUACACGCAUCCUGCUGCCUUGACGAGGGACACGUCGAAAAUCCCUCUUCUCAAUAUGAAGGCUGGUUUUGGGGAGAAAGAGUGUGCCUCACUGAAGAGACUUACCAAAGCCAUCUUCAACCGUGACAUCCAGACUGGAAGAAAGGGCCACUCUUCUGUGGAAGAUGCUAAAGCUACCAUGGAGCUUUACAAGGUGGUAGAAGAGGAAUGGGAGAGGACUCUCGCCUCCGCAUCUUGACCCACGUAGUUCUAUAUUUGAAAGCGCAAAAUAAACUCAGCUCAACCGCCUUUAAAUUUAAAGAUGUCUUAGAAUGAAAUUCAAGUCAUUCAUAAAAAAAUAAGGUACCUUUCUUGUUAGCUUGCUUUAUUGGUUAAACAUGUAUAAUUGAAAGUUAAAACAUGUUUGGUAGCAGGAUUUUUACAAAUGUUAAAACAUUUGGAGUUAUUUUGUGCACACAGGCCCAGAGUUACACUGGGUACAGUGAAGAUCUACAGUAACAUCGAAAUGAGCACAAUUCGAUAUUUUUGUAAUAUAUUUUUUCACACAUGUAUUAAUCAUGUACAUGUUUAAAUGUUCAUGAACUACCUGAAAGAGUAGUUUAAAGUAUAGUUUUACAAAGAAGGAGUACCCAUAAGUUUUACAUUUUUAUCACAGAACUUUUCAUGGAUGUGAUUUGAACACCCACUCACUGAGUGGCUGUAUAACAUUCUUUCUUAGGGUUAAACUGAGUUUAAAUGGUUUUUAUUCCACUUUUAGGUCAGAAUAUCCUUUUCAUCACAUUUUGUGAUGAAACGGAUCACAUAUAUAUGGCACUAAAAACAAAGAUUUAAGCCAUGUUCUAUAAUUAAGAAGUUUGAAAGCCUAUUGGUACUAUCAUACUCCACUGGUGGUAUGAAACUUUGGAAUUUUGUCUAAAAAGUUUAAACAUUUUGGUUUUCUGGGACUAUACCACAUAAUCCAGGCAUGUUUAGCAUACAGAAGUUGUCCUGCAUACUUCCAAGCGAUGUCUGCAGCUCCUUUACUGUUGCUAUAGGCCUCUUGUUAGCCUCCCUUUUUCUUCACGGCUGCUCAUCUGUUCUUGGUGUGAUAAACAAUUCUCUGACAUCAUUGAUGUAACUGCCUUCAUUGUUUCAUUUUAUGUCUGUUGUUUUGGAAUUAGCAUUUUUAUCUUUUUUAUUCUUCAUCUUUUUUUUUAAAUUAUUUUCUGGUUAAUAUCGGUUUAGUCUGAAAAAUCAUCUCAUAUGAUGGAGAUACAUAUUGACAUCUGUAAAAUAGAGUUAAACCAGGAUCAAAAGAACAGACUUAGUUCUUUCUAUUCAAUGAUGAUUCAACAUCAAACCAAACUCGCAGGUUGUUUUUCAUCUUUACAUUUUGUAAUAGUUUAUGUUGCACAGGUUGUUGCUUUUAAGGCAGGUGUAGCUCAAUUGUUACAUUGUCUUUUACCAUUUCUCAAAAAUACUUCACCUACUUUUGCUUGUAAAUAAUGUUAUGGAAAAUAAAUAUCAUAGUGUUUUCUUGGUUAUAUUGUUUAUCUUUGUUCUCAUUUUAAGGGCAAAUUGAAUCACUAGUUUGUUUUUAUUACCUCAGGGAGUGAUUUUAAAUAAAGGUUUUUCUUUGUGGUGGGAUAACCUUUCUUGAAUAAUAUUUAUGCAGGACUGUUCUUGUUUUUCCAUUUGAGGUUUGACAAAUACCGACUUGUUAAUAAAAUUCCUUUGCUCUGUUUUUAAA